GCAUCCCGGUGCAGGUGUUCGGCCGGUCGGACGGGCUUCUUCACGCCACUCGGCCGGUUAAUCAAAAAGAAGGCUAAGAACGACGUCGAAAAGAUCUUCCAUGGAUUUCUCCAAAACAAGAGACGACCUCGCCGUCUCUUCGAUGAGCUAUUUCUGUACUGGAACCUCGCUGAGACUGACCGAGUCCUUUGAAGAACUCGAAGAGGUUUCCAUUUUCCUCUCUUGUUUUUUGGUUUUAGCUUUUUAAAUGGAUUCCUGAAAAUUCAGGCAACUGAAGAAGUUCUAAUUGUUAAUGGAAAGUGAAAUCACACUCAAAAUAGCAAGAAAAUAGGACAAAACUACUGUAAUGCUGCCUGGAAGGAAAGGAGAGUAAUUAACUCAAUGUGUUGGAUUAAGAGUCUUUGUUUUUAUAGUUCGGAGAGUAUGUUUUGACUGCAGGAUUUAAUGGUUUCCGAUUUUUGUCCAAGAAUUAGGUUCAAGAUUGUGGAGAGCUUACGCGAAGAUAUAUUUUCAGGAAAGCUUAAAUUAGGAACUGAAAUAAAGGAAACCAGCUGUGAUUAUGAUUGUCGAUGCCAAUGGAGGUGGGAAGACAACAUCUCUUGGAAACACUCCAAAAAAAUUGUGGUAACGGGUCAGAGUUACUCAACUAGGUUCAAUAAAUAAAGAAGAUAGCCCACCCACAUUUCUUUUGACAAAAUUUAUGUAUAAACGAGUUAGCUCUUGGUGAACACAUUGAAGUGAUAUAUCCACAUUCUUUUCAAGGUCUGUGGUAUGGUAUCCACCAGGUUAUGAUAGUGCAUGCAACCUCAUAGAUUGUAAUGCUGUGGGUCUUGGCUUAGGUUUUAAAGAUACUGAAUGAGGGAAGCUGGCCCAUGGUCUAAAGAAGGGAGAUGCAAUGAUACUGAUGGCAGCAGGUGACACAUUCAGAGCAGCUGCUAGUGAUCAACUAGGAUAUGGGCUGGGAGGACUGGGUGUGAGAUUGUUGUUGCUGAACGAGAGAAUGCCAAAGCAUCAUCAGGUAGAUUAGUAGAAGAUAUGAUGAAAAUCAUUCCUUUUGGGACCAAAAGGGGUGGGGUGCAGAUAUCACACGAACUUUUUCAUGCUGCUCACUUUAUUAGACAGUGAAAACUAAAUUGUUCGGUACAACUUCUAACAUGUGAUCAUAAAGUGCUUUCUGAGUAGUUCUUUCACAGGCAGUGAAAGGAGGGAAGGAGGAAGGUUUUGAUGCUGUCUUGGGUGAUACGUCAGGACAUAAGUAUUGAGACCUUUUGUGUGAUUGGCUCUUAGUGUAUUUUGAUUGUGGCUCUAAAAUGCAGCUUCCUUUUUAUCCAAUUAUUUGUUUAUCUUCUCAGGUCUUCACACUAAUUUCGGAUUGAUGGUGUGUAAGCAGGCUGUAGGCAAAGUUGUUCAUGGUGCACCUAAUGAGAUUCUGUUAGUUUUUGAUGGGAAUACUGGUUUGAAUUCGCUUCCACAAGCAAGAGAGUCAAUGAGGUAGUUGGAAUAACUGGUUUGAUUUUGACAACAUUGGAUGGUUCUGCUAGAGGCUUAUGUGUGGUAUCUUGCGGUUUUUACUUUACAUUUUUUUGCUCUCCUUUUUUUUUGUGUGUGGAUGCGGGUUUCAAUUUUGCUCUUGAUUGAGCCAACACAACAAUGGAUUCCAAAAUUGGUGUGUGAAAUAUUUUUUCAUUAUUUGUGUUGUUAAAGUUAGCCUGUCUUCUUGGGCAGGUAAGUGUAGUUGGCGAGCUUGGCAUCCCUGUAAAGUUUAUUGGUGUUGGUGAAGGUGUAGAGACCUCCAACCCUUUGAUGCAGAGGCAUUCGUUAAUGCCAUAUUUUCAUGAGUAAUAUGAUCAGUGUGAAUCAGAGGGAAAUUUAUGUUGAAAAUUCAGCUCUUGCAGAACAGCCAGUUUUCUAGAUAAAAGGUUCAAGGCAUGCAUCUGAUGAGUGCUAAGGCUGCUUUCUUGUCACCAUUUAGGCAACCAAGCUUAAACCGACUUGAAGAAGUUGCUUGUGGAACGGUUGUUGUUCAUCUUCUGUCCAAGAUUCCUGAGUUUUUUGGCUGACAUACAUGAUCAUUGGGGUAAGCUAAUCUUGCCUCACUUGAUGAAUUACAGGCUCACUAAUUUAAAAUGUAAUUUUCAAUUAAAAGCUGAUACUAAUCAGAAAAAAAUGGUCAUAGAUUAAUCUUUCUUUUUAUUUGCAUCCCAAUAUGUCAAUAUUUUUUUGUUC